AUGCGCCUCACCGAAGCCCUCCUCACAGCGGCCGCGACCGUAGCCAUCAGCAGCGCCGGCGCCGGCGCCGACCCCAACACCAUCGCACCACGGCAAGCCAACACCAUCACCGUCGACCUAACCAAGACAUACCAGCGCAUGGACGGGUUCGGCUUCAGCCUGGCGUUCCAGCGGGCGAACCUGAUCACCAACAUGUCGGACAAGGCCAAGCAGCGCGAGCUGCUGGACCUGCUGUUCAACCGCACGACGGGGGCCGGGUUCAGCAUCCUCCGCAACGGCAUCGGGUCGACCCCCAACAGCAACUCGGACUUCAUGAACACCAUCGCCCCGACCAACCCCGGCGGGCCGACCGCCGAGCCCAAGUACCAGUGGGAUGGCAAGGAUAGCGGCCAGCUGUGGGUGUCGCAGCAGGCGGUGUCGUUGUACGGAGUGAAGACCAUCUACGCGAACGCGUGGAGCGCGCCCGGAUAUAUGAAGACUAACGGGCACGACACCAACGGCGGCACGCUGUGCGGGGUACCCGGGGCCGGGUGCUCGUCGGGGGACUGGCGGCAGGCGUACGCCAACUACCUGGUGGCGUACAUCAAGUUCUACGCGGCGGCGGGGGUCAACGUCACGCGGCUGGGGUUCCUCAACGAGCCCGACUUCAGCGCCAGCUACGCGUCGAUGCAGUCCAACGGCAACCAGGCGGCCGACUUCAUCAAGAUUUUGCACCCGACCCUCGAGGCUGCGGGCCUGGGUCAGCAGGUUGGUAUAACUUGCUGUGACUCGAUGGGCUGGGGCAACCAGAACCAGAUGGUGAGCCAGAUCCGGGCGGCGGGGGCCGAGGGGAUGCUGGCGGCGGUGACGUCGCACACGUACCAGGGCGGGGGCGGGGCGAUGAGCACACGGGCGCCGGUGUGGAUGUCGGAGCAGUGCGACCUCAACGGGCAGUGGACGACGGCGUGGUACGCCAACGGCGGGGCGGGCGAGGGCCUGACGUGGGCCAACAACGUCUACAACGCCGUCGUCAACACCAACGUGUCCGCGUUCCUGUACUGGGAGGGCGUGCAGUGGCCCAAUCCCAACACCAACGAGAAGCUGAUCCGCGUCGACAACACCACCAACACGUACGAGCCCUCGCGCCGGCUGUGGGCGCUGGCCAACUGGUCGCGCUACGUGCGCCCCGGGGCGGUGCGGGUCGCGGCGAGCGGCGGCGGGAACGGGGUGCGCACGGCGGCGUUCCAGAAUGAGGAUGGCACGAUUGCCGUGGUGGCUAUUAGUUCGGGAGGGUCGACGUCGAAUGUGAAUGUCAAGAUCUCGGGGGGCGCGAGGGCGGCGGCGGUACAGGCGUUUGUCUCGGAUAACACGAGGAACUGCGCGAGUGUGCCCGCGACGUUGGCUGAUGAUGGCUCCAUCUCGGGGGCCGUGGCAGCGAGGUCAAUCACGACCUUUUUUAUUCUGCCAGCGAGCACUUAA